UGUUUGGUUUCUCACUAGCCAUAGAAACAUGAUCAUACUGUAGUAAGAUAUUUACUGAAAAGUUGCACUUUAGAGAUUUAUUUGUGGCAUAUUUGCUGAAAUUUGGCUCGCUGAACUGAGCUGCAUCACAGGAUCAGAAGACAAUGCCAGUGGUUAACAUUAACCAAGUCACUCAGACCUGGCUACACUCCACAUGGCCAAUACAGGUUCCUCAAACAUGGCUGGAUGCAUGUAUUGAAUGGGUAACAGAAGAAGCAGGUAGCGUGGCCUUGCCUCAAAAUCAGCUCAAUAAGCAAGUCCUUGAUCAGUGGCUUCUUACAGACCUUAGAGACCUUGUUCACCCUGUCCUGCCAGCUAGGAUCUCAGAGGCUCAGAAGACAGAGCUCAAUGGCUGUUACUGCCUCCAAUUGGACUCGCUCCUGGAUGUUAGCCAGCCAGCUUACUCUCAGCUACAACGUCUCCGUGGUUCCGAUUGCACCAAUGAAGAAGUCACGGCUGUUACUCAGGCUACUCAGAAACCUUGGGAGGCAAAGCCUACUCGCAUGCUGAUGCUGCAGCUUACUGAUGGUGUGCAGAAUUUAGAGGGCAUGGAAUACCGGCCCAUCCCAGCCCUAAAUGCUAACCUGCCCCCAGGCACCAAGCUAGAAGUGAAGGGAAGGGUGGUGGUCCGCUUGGGGGUCCUGCUUCUGAAGCCAGAGAAUGUAAAUGUUCUUGGUGGAGAGGUUGAACAGUUGAUAGGAAGGCAUUCUCAGAGCAGGGUGCUUUGUAGGACUCUAGGACUGCCUGAGGAAGACCGUCAGCAUGAAGCAGAGGCAGAAGACCAGGAGGUCCGUCCAGGGGGCAGGAUUGAGGGAACUCUGGACAGUGGGUAUGACAGCCUGAAUUCACAAAUUGUUGCAAGGAAUGAACUGACCCAGACUAAUCAAUCAGAGAACUCAAGAUCAAGCGCUUUUAUUUCCAGACAGAGUGAAGCGAAUGCCAUUGAGGUUCCUGAUGAGAACUUUGACGAUAUACCUGACGCCUUUGAUGACUUUAACGAUCCAGAGGACUUUGAUGUUCUUCCAGAUGAUAUCAACGACCAACCGAAGGAUUUAGAAAAUGUUUCUAAUCAUGGCAACAAUCAUGCUGCUUUUUCAGAUGACUUUAACGACCACCUGGAGGAUUUUGAUGACAUUCCGAUGGAGGAGUUGGAUAGUAUCCUGUCACCUACAGAUCCAGACCACUUAUCCAGCAGUGAAGCCAUGGAACAAGAAACCAUUCAACAGGAUGUUCCACGCCUACCAAGACCAGACAGACAGAUUGACCAAUCCUAUCUAGCAUCAUCAAACGUUGUUGCCAUUGCAGACGACUCCUUGUCAUCCUCAGUACCAAAGAUGGCCAGAUAUGAGCCUCCUAGAGCACACAAUUCUCCACCGAAGCGCAGCAACAUUGUCAAACCAAACACCUCAAUCCUUAACUACCUGAGCAUUUUGCAGGCUGGAAUUUGGCCACCUCCUAGUGCUCAAGUUGUACGAAUUCAAGCUUUCAUUGUCACCUUACUGGGCAACUUACGCAGUAGUGGAGGGGAAUGGAAACUAAGGGCUACCAUAUCAGAUGGGACUGGAUAUCUGGAUGUUGAUCUAAGUGACACAUUGCUAGAAAAUCUGAUCGGCUUUUCAGCAUCUGAGUCCCGGGUGCUAAGGAAAGAUCCAACGAAACGUGGACUGGUGGAUGCUGGGAUACAGAAGUGUCAGAGGGAGCUGGUGGAUAUGUGUUGUGUGAUAAGUGUGAGGUUAGAUCCGGAUGGCUCGGGAACUGUACUUGGAGCUGAGCCUCUUACUGACAGAGAGUGCUGUGAACUGCAGAGGAGGGUAACUGAGAGAAAGUUUACUUAAACUGCGGUUCGAACCAUUUGCUUAAAAUGUUAUUGAUAUUUUGAAUGUUUUAUCAUUUCUGAUAUCAGAGCUCUGAGUAAGUACAGAUAUCUAAUAUUGUGUAAAUACAUUUUAGGCAAUAUGUUUUUGUAAGUUAAUAUAUUUAUGCUGUCAGUUAACAUUGCACACACUGACAUAAAAAUACAUCCAUCCUUUGAUUACAAAAUCAGUUAAAUGUUAAAUCGGAUUUGAUACACGAUCAGAUCUGAUUUGCUAGUAUUGUUUCAGCACAUCUCUGUUUGGUGCUGUUAACCAAUAAAAGUUAGCUGAGUCAGUUAGUUAUUCAUUAUUUCAUUUUUCUCAACCGCUUUAACCUGGUCAGGGUCAGGGCAUGCUUGGUUCCACUGGGAAACACUGGGUGAACAGGGGGCCAAUCUAUCACAGAGCUUCAGUCAUCCCCCUCUCAGACCUAGUUAGUCAUGUCUCUGUGGAUGCCUGGCUAGUCUAUAGCACAGCUGAGAUUUGAACCUGGAUUUCAGAGGUGGCGGCCUACUAUUAUAGAUCGCUGCACCACCCAAGCACUUUGUAAAUACUUCUUAUACAUUUGGUGAAUUGUAUUUUCAUUUACAAUCUCAUCAACUUAAUCAGUGGAAUGGAUUUUUAUCAUUCUAAUGCAUUCAUUCAUUUUCUUGCCUCACUACCGCUUUAUCUUGGUCAGGGGGUUACUCUCCAAAUUCAAACCCUGGUUCCCAGCUAGUAGUGGGCUAGCAUCAUUUACUGAUGCACCACCCGAGUGUUACUUAGUUAACUGACCAGACCUUAUAGGCUAAAACUGUUUAAUGUAAACACCUCAUUUUUAUUUCAACACUAAAAUUCCACUUUUGUAACAGCACAAACUGAUUUAUACAUGUUUUUGUAAAAAGACACUUGGACCGAUCACCCGGGUUCAUACUGCUACCCAAAAUAUGCUAAAUGUACAUAAGUUUUAUGUGUGUCUGUCCUAAAAUGUUUUUAAUGAAAGCUACCUGUAUUUAGCAAGACUGUAUUCUUGUUAUAUUGUUUAUAUGAUUUGAAUGUUACAGAAAUAA